AUGGGGUUUGGCACCUCAUGUGGUGGUGAAAAUCAUUAUGCCAAACGUCGAGGCUCUUCUUACCGAAAAAACUCCAAACAGCAUCCGUUUAAUAAAGACAAAUCUACACCCUCUGCGGAAGCCGAACAUCAGGAGAGUGAUAUUGCUUUGGCGAGUUGUCUCCGCAGCGCCUUUCAGCCAAUGUUUCCACACAACAAUAGAGUUCGUGUGCGGCCCAUCUGCACAACGAUUGCCGGCGUGUGCUUUGCCGUAGUGGAUCGCACCGUAAUUGGUUACGACGAUGCGGUGUAUCGUACAAACCGCAAGGUGUGGGAACAUGUUCCACGCGGCCAGGCAUGUGUCUUCGCCGCAACUCCCGAGAAAGAUAAGUACAUUAAAGUGGCAUCUCUUCAAGGAUUGCGUAAAUUCAGUUAUUUUGACGCUCCGUAUAGUGUACCACAGGAAGAAGCCGUUGCUGCUGUGGCAUUAGAAGCCAUUGAUGGUGAUUGUGGUCAAUUGGCAGCCUUCACGUAUGCUGGGGAGCGUUUUUGGAUUGUGGGGAGUAAAGAUAUGCAUUUCUUGGUGCGGUUUGAUGUACCAGAGGAGGAUCUUGAUGUCUUUAAUGAUGAACAGAAAGAUUUAUGGUCUGUCAGAGUGACAAAACAAAUUGUAAGAGUCUGGCGAAACACAUUAAACGCAUUAAAACCAGAAAAAUCGUCUGAAUUACAUGAAUUCUUAACUCAAACGGGUUAUACCGCAUGCUUUGAUGCCAUCCUUGAGUACUCCGCUCACAUUGUGGAUUAUGGCCCUGGUGAAAGACUUCGCUUUUACGCCGUCGCCGAUCACACAAUGCCAUUACGUAGUGGUCUCUGUAUUAAUCCUGAAAACAUAUUAACAAAACUACAAUCGUUUGGACUUGAUGUUGUGGAGUGUGGCCCGCUGUUGCCAUUGGGAUCCACAGAGUAUGCAGCGCAGCGUGAGAGUAUUGCCCAUCGUUUAAACUGCAAGGGAGCCGUAAUUUACGGUCUUAACGAUACUGGCGUUGUGGUACGUAUGUGGAAACUCCGCUCACACCCCUUCGGCAUUGAGCGAGCGGCACAGGAGGCCAUCAUCACCCAUCGUUUAAGUGGUAAUCUUUUGCGUAGUAAACUACUGAAAAAAUUGGCAGGUGUUCCAAAGGAAGUUCGACAAUGCCUUGUAGAAUGGGAAGAGGAACGUCUGGAGUAUCUCAUACAAUUAGCCGCUUGGCUUCAUGUCACUGGACAAUUAACCGCCUCAACAUCCCUAGGAGAUUUGCAGGAAUUACGUCGUAAGUGGAUUGUACUGCAACGUCAGUUCACACACUCUGCUGUGGAGGAUAAGGAACUGAAGGAACAAGUCAUGCAUUACGAACCACUUCCCAAUGAAGUGACAAACAAUGAUCCGGAUGUUAUUUUAUGUGUUGGUCCACAAGGUUGUGGGAAAUCUACAAUUUCCCGUGUGCUCUUUGCACUGUUACGACAGGCGCAUCUUUCUCCAUGUUGGUUAAAUCAAGAUGAGAUUGGUGACCGAAAACAGUUUCUUGAAGCCAUACAAAACGCAAAGCAAGCAGGAUACUCUCAUCUUAUUAUUGAUAAAAUGAAUCUUGAUGAUAUUGCUCGUGCAGAUUAUGUGAAACUGGGUCUAAAAACUCUUACAGUAGCAUGGUCACAUCCUGAUGGAGCUCAAGCAUUAGCAGAUAUUUCUUUUAAACGUGUUUGCGAACGUGGUAGUUCUCAUCGUACAUUCAAAGCUGAAGAAAGAGAAAUGCAUCGUAUGCGUGGUAUUAUUCGUAGUUGUGCAGAACGUUAUCGCCCCCCAACAGAAGGAGUAUUUAUUGAAGUAAAUGUCGAAGAUAGUAUAGUUACUAUAGUAGAGCGUGUGUGGGCUGCAUUGUGUUCACAUGGUAUGACAGACCUUCAGGAUCUCUCUACACUUGAUGUGACAUCUGCAAUUAACAUAUCAUCUCGUUACGAAUUACUUCUAGGUAGGAUUCCCAAACGAAUACAGUAUGCUGCUAUUCAGAUAACUACACCAAAUGAUGAUGUGUUAUCACUCGUACCAUCAGAGAUGCUAGUCGACAAGAUUGUGCAAAAGGAGUUCCAUGUGACCACUCUAUUUCUUGGUAACAAAACUAGUACGGACCCUGUGAUGAUGGUCCAGCUGGGGGAACUGUUAGGCACAAGUAUCCAACUAACCCUUACACACAUUGCGUCAGACCCAAAAGGAACGGCUAUUGCAGUGCGUAACAAUGGGGAAUUUCCCUGUGCUAAUGCACAUCCACAUAUUACGAUAGCAAACGCAAAGGGUGUUUCAGCAAAAUACAGUAACGAACUACUAGAUGAGUCCCACGCAUCUGACCCGUCUCGAACUGUCGUAUCAUUGCCUCCUAACACUUGUGUUACUGGGAAGUUCGCGUUCAUCUCUAAGUGA